CUACGUCAGUCGCCAUAUUGUUUGGAAAAAUUGUCUAUGGUUAAGUGUGUUUGCAGUUUGUUUCUGUUGUUUUCGGUGUAAUAUAUCCAUAUUAAUCCAGUGUUAAUUACUAUCGAUUUAAAAAUUACGACCUAAACGUAUUAGAAUAUCAUUUAUCAUGUCCAUCGGUGUGCCUAUUAAAGUACUUCACGAAGCUGAAGGCCAUGUAGUGACCUGUGAAACAAACACCGGCGAAGUAUACCGCGGGAAGCUGAUAGAAGCCGAGGAUAACAUGAAUUGCCAGAUGACUCUGGUGACGGUGACGUAUCGCGACGGCCGGGUUGCGCAACUGGAAAAUGUUUACAUUCGAGGCUCCAAGAUCAGGUUCCUGAUAUUGCCUGACAUGUUGAAGAACGCGCCAAUGUUCAAACGGCAGGGCAAUAAGCCGACUGCCGGUCGCGGCAAAAGUGCAAUACUACGGGCUCAGGCUGCGGGUCGGGGGAGGGCAGGUGGUCGAGGCGGGGGGCACCGGGGCGGCUGGCAGGGCGGCUCCGGGCCGUCGCGGCGUUAGCACUAACCUUAUAUUUAAUGCAUUAGAUUAAGCCAAAUAUAUCUCGUAAUCUGCGAUGGUGGUGUUAAUGUUUUGUAUGGUCCACUAUUGUGAUACUGCCCAUGGGGCAAUAUGUUUAUUUGGUUAUUUUUCAAAGGGUAUGUAAAUUUGCUGGGGAGUUUUAGAACUAUUUAUUACUAUCUAUAUAUUUGUUAUGUGACAAAUAUGUUUUGAAAUGUCAUGCUAUUAGUUUCUAAUAAACAGUAUGUGUAGAAAUGUGUUUGGAUGGCCAUCUAAAAAUUCCACCAUAGCGUGAAAGUGCUACUGUAGUUUUCCAGCGGCUGCAUGGCUAUAUUAGACCUAAUCUAUGUGUUCACUUUCUUACAUGUUAUUCUAGGCAGAUUAAUUUUGAGCUGAAUGUCAUUUACAACCCAGGCUCUAGGUGUAUGUGUUAUGUAUACUUCAUUGGUAGAAAAAUGUGAUGCCAAGUAAGGCACAAAUUUACAAGUUGACCAAUCACACUAAUAAUUCACACAAAGUUAAUAACUUUAAUUUAGCUUAUUUAUCUCUUUGAAAUAUAACCUUGUAAACAGUGGACUAUUAAGUCAACAUCAAUAUUGAAUUAUUGUAAAAUAUUGACUAAGUAUGAAUAAAUAAACCAACCCUUACCCAUGUAAUGUGAAAAUUCUUAGCACAAUACAUUUUCUUGUGUGUACAAGGUAUGGUUUGUGAGACUGUGUUAUACAUUGUGAUGUGUGUGUGUGGUAAGGGACAAUAAACACAACAUUAAUACUA